UUUAUCGCUUACUGAAAUCAGUUGUAAUUCUUUAGAUUUAACAGAGCUUAGAAUUAAAAAACGUCAAUGGCAAACUGAACUUACAAAUAAUUCAAUUUCAAUCAAAGAAAAUCUUAACAAUAGCGAUAGUAAUCGUGAAGCAAGUGCUAAUAAAUUGUUCGAAGAUUUAUUUGGUC